UGAAAAGACACCAACUCAAUUAGCAUUAUGGACGAUGGAGGGCCGCAAGCGGAGCGCUCGCGGCGUUUGGAGACACAGGGGCGACUGCAGGCCCAACCUAAGAUAAUACCCAGUCGGAAGCCUGUCACAACUACUUCACCCCCGUCCGCGUGCGUCUCUGGCUGCUGCGUGGAGAGCGCACGACUUGCAGACGAGAGAGACUUCCUUCGAGGCUACGCAGAGCGGCUCUUAAUUCAGCUACGCAUCCUUCUACAGCGAUAUGGAGAGUUAGAGAAACUCAAGACACUGGCAGAUACAACACAGAGUGAUGAGGAGCCACACGAGCGCCUGGCGCCCUGGCUCACUGCCUCCGAGUACACGAACCCUUUGCUACAGGCCUACGACCUCAAGAUCCAAGAGCUGGUUGGGCGAUGUGGCCUAGAGAGAUGGGUUAUCAAUGCAACGAUUAACUUGUGAUGGUCCUUGCUCCUAUAGGAGAGUGCUUUGCUGGACAACAAGAAGGCGAUGGACCGAGUAGCGACGCGAGCCGAGGGAUUGGCCAAGGAGAACACGACGCUAAGACAAGAACUGGAGGUUGCAGGAGAGAAGAUGAUACUGCGGAUGCAGAACGAGCCCAAGGACAUGCACGAAGAUUUAAUGAACAUACAAGAGAACGGAGAGUACUUACAGGAGAUCAACGAGCGUAUUGACGUGUUGAUGGCGGAAAACAAUAUGCUAAUGGAGCAAGUGUCUCUUCAAGACGAUGAGAUUGGCGCCAUGAAGAAAGAACUGACGGACAGGGAUCAACAACUGCAGAUUAUGGGACAGAAUUUUAACGAAGCCACGCUCGCGCUACAGGAGCUGCGUGAUGCUUGUUCACAGGUACGAGAGGAGAAGACACACUGUGAACGACAGCUACAGCGAUAUGCAGCGUCGAUCGCGCAGUUAGAGAGCGCAAAGGAGUCGUUAGUGGAGCAAACGGAGGCAGUUCGUAAAGAGCGCGGCGAGUUAGAAAGCCAACUUGGUGAAUAUGAAGAAAUGAUGGAGAAGAUGAAAAAGACCAAUGAGCGCAAGGACGAAGCCUUCUCCACGCGAUAUCAAAACGUUUGUGUGCGUCUGCGCGAGCUUACAAAUGCGCUGGAGAAGAAAGAAAAAGCUGUCAAUGACUUACAAGCGCAAAACAAUGGACUGCAAUCUGAGUUAGACGCUGUACGACAAGACUGCGAAGGCAUGUUAAACGUUCUCAACAGCAUGGAAAAGCAGUUAACUCAGUAUUGUGCGCGGGAGGACGCAGUCACUGAGCUGGAAUCAGAAUGCAAACUGAAGAUCGAAGAAGCCGUUCUGGAGAAAGAAGAGGUGGCUGCUCGAGAGCUGCAAAGCCGACGAGAGAUUGCACGCCUGCUGGAGCGACUUCGGCAACAAGCUGCAGAUCACGUGAAAUCGCAAGAGGAAAGUUUGAGCGCAAUAGGCCGCAGGCAUGAGGCAGAAAUGAGCAGUCGUGAACUAGAGAUUAAGUCUCUAAGUGCUGAGCUGGUUGAUUUACGCUCCAAAAUGGAAGUGACGACAAGAAGCCAAAAAGAGGCCGACAAGAAGCUUGCAGACUCAAUUCGUCGUUCCAAGGACGCAAGUAUCGCCUUUGAGAAAAAACUCCAGCACCUUACCGAACGUACUGCAACAGCCGAAGAAGCUCGUGAUAUGUCAAGUCACCUGGAAGCAGAAUAUCUCGAGAGAAUUCGGGCAAAAGAAGACGCACUAACAAAGCUGAGAGCUGAAUUCCGUGAUCGCGGACAAGAAUUGAGCGAGCGAGUGAGCUUGCUGGAGCGAGAGUUAGAAAUGCGUCGUACCGAGGCGCGCGAUGCUAAAGAUGAAAGCGAAGAGCAACACCGCAAGGUUCAGCUACUGAAUGAUCAGCUGAACAAGGUCAAGGCGGACUGUGCCAACAGAUUUACGAAUGAAUUCGAGGUAUUGCACCAGCAGAAUCGAGAUCUGAAAGCUCAAGCUGCUGAGUUGGAGUACAAGUUAUCCCUGGCUAAGAAAGAAGCGGCAUCAGUGCUGGACAGUUCUCGUAGCGAACGAGAGCGCAGCGAAGUGCGUUUGAUUGCUGAAGUUGAGAGCUUGAAAGCAAGGACGCAAACCCUCAAGGAGGAGAGGAAGCGUGUUGACAAGAGCCGGCAGGAAACAGACGCUAGAUGCUCGGUUCUAUCACUACAGGUUCAGCAAUUAACCAGAGACCUGAACGACGCCAAGGAGUUACUAUUGGAACAGGAGCACUCGUGUGAUGAUAGCGACCGUAAGGUAUCGGAACUAAGUGCUCAACUCACAGCAGCGCUCUCAAAGCAACAGCAAUUCUAUCGACAAGAGCGUGAACUCCGCACAGCACUGGAGAGAAUGACACUCGAGAGAUCGCGAAUGGAGCGUGAGGCCACGUUGGCUCGGAAGAAGAUCGAAGAGUAUCGCAACAGUAGCUACACGUAUCUUCCACUAUCGCACUCGCGGAUGCAAGCUGAAAGGGAGACCCCAGGUAGCACGUCACGUGAUGAAAUAGCAGAUAAGUUCGGCACAGCCGAGAAAGCUGAUCUUCGCUACCAAAUGCCAACUUAGCAUAGACUAACGCAGGUUGCUGGAACGCUUUAGAGGGAUGCACCCAACAGCCUACUUAGCAAACAAGAGACUGGCGUUUGUUCCUCCGAAACCAAAUGAGUUCGUAAGAACUGCACGCAGCUCUUUCUCCUGCGGCUGGUUCGGUACGUAAUUCAACGUAAACUCCUCUGUGGUCUCCGUUAGGUUGAGUGUUGGAGGCAUCACGUUCUGCACAUAAUUCAACAAAUAAACAUCAGAGGAACAAUUGACAGAAGAAUGUGGAUAGCACCAGAACGUACGUGAUGAAGAGCCUUG